AUGCAGAGCCGCUUGUCAGAAUUUGUUGCAUCAGUUCAUGAGUUGGCUUGCGUGAGUGGUCUGCAGAAAAUCGUCGACGUUAGGUUUGUCGUGUGUGCCUCGCCAGGCAAAUCGGAAUCCGGCAGCCAGUCCCAGGCCGGCAGCCUUCCUCGAGGUCUUGAAGACUUGGUGGGGAUUCUGAAGGAUGGACGUGCGGCCGAUUGCAUUCAGUUGCCGCCGAGCUGGUGCAAAUCGCUCAUCCACGAAGGACAUCUGGAAGCUCUCCUGAAACUGGAUGCCAGCGUCAAGGGUUCACUCGGUCCCGUGGUGGAGCAGCAGUUGCGCGCGGCUCGCAUCGCCUACGCGUACACAUCGCCCCAAGGCCAGGGGCUCGACUACCUCGCCGAAGCCCCCACUUGGACAAAAGUGGAACAUGUGAUGCAAGGGGUGGCGGCUCUCCUGGAUGUCCAAACCGCGAAGGCUGUGCACAAGCUGGAGCUACCCUCGCUGAUGAGUGCAGAGCAGCGUCUGAUUAUGAAGUUGGCCGGCACCGUCAAUGCCACCAAGGAGUCGCUUCAGCAGCACAAGGCGGGUAUUCGGAAUGGGGAGCUUUGGGAGAAGCUUGAUGCGAUGCUCCGCGAAACGGACUCGAAGAAUGUCAAGGACGCUGUUUCUUUCCUCGACGAUAAGUCUGAGGUUAUGGAGAAUCACAUCGAAGGCCUGGGACUGGAGGAGUUCAGCAAGAACGAAGACAUGGCCAAUGCGAUCUUGCAGUGGGAGGCUGACCUGGUCAAGAUUCUGACCACCGGGAAGGAAAGCUUCGACAGCCUGCGUACAACUUUGGAAAUGCCGCCGGAUUUGUUCCACUUCCAGCAAGGACUCGUGGCUGCCAUGUGCCACCAGCUCUUGCUCCGAGACUAUGAUGGCGGGGAUGAUGAGAUGAAGCAGCAGGCGAUUGCAGAUGGGCAGGAGAUUGACCGAUUCGCUCGCAAAGUUCUCAAGCUGAGCAAGAAGGAGUUCCCCAGUCAGGUGGCCCAGGUGGAGAAACUUGUGAAGGAUUUGAAGGCACGCGCAGCCACGAGCUAA